AUUACUCACUGUGAAAGGCAGAUCGCUUUCUCUUGAGCAUUGUAAGGGGCGGAAGGACUUAGGAUGAACAAGAUGGAAGCUAAUUCCCAGUUUGCCAGUCGAUACAAAAAGGACUUAAGUACGGAAACCCUCAGAGCAAAAGUUGCACGCAGGAAAUCAAUGCUUCAAAAGGAGAACAGACACAAGUUGUUUGAAAAGGGCAGACAAUUUGGAUUGGCAGAUGUCAAUAUUCAGCUAUCAAAAGACAGGGGAAUUUCUCAACUAAAUGAGACAAAUGAAAUGUGCUCUCAAGAGAACAGCAAUGUAAAGCAGAAACAGCUCAAAAGUGCAGCCAUGAAGAGGAAUAUUGAACGCAAGGAAAUGCUCCAACGUUAUAAAGAGGAAAAGGAACUUAGAAAACUUAAAGAACAAAGAGAGAAAGCAAAAAAAGGCGUAUUUAAAGUUGGAUUAUAUAGACCUACUGCACCUGGUUUUCUUUCACUUGUACCCCAAGAUCCUGUGACAGUCAAACCAAAAGAGAAGGCAGCCCCUACUUCCUCUGGGAGGAUUACUCGAUCAAAUGCCAAGAAUCAAGCAGAAAAAGCAAUGACAUCAACCGCAUCUAAGCGUGCUACGGUUUGUGCCAAUGGGCGUAGUGCUUGCCCUGCACAAGCAGGACGUAAACAGAUGGGUACAGACAAAGCAGCUGAAAAAGAGAAAGUGUUACAGUCUGCAGUUCAGACAGCAGUAAAUGUAAGAAUCACCAGAGCAGCUGCCUCCGCAGCUAGACAGAUGCUGAAAACGACUGCUGCUACUGGAUACCAGCCACAACGAAGGACAGCAAAUGUAGGAAAACAGAAGAAGGCAGUCAAACCUGACAUCAUGGAGGUACUUCCUUUUAAGAAUGAAGUAGGUCAAAAUGCUCAGCUGGAUCUAAUGAUGGAAGAUUCUGUAACUGCAACUGAUUCUAAACAUUCAGGAUCAGUAGAACUUCAACAGGAACAGACCUCAGUGGAAAAGAAAAAUGUUUUGCUGACAAAUAAUUCUUCUCCAGGGAGACCCAGAACACGCUCUUUUGCACCUCAGAACUUUGUGUUUCAGCCAUUAAAUGGAUUGGCAACCUACAAGGUCACACCCAUGACUCCUUCUAGGGCAAAUGCAUUUUUGACACCUGAUGCCUUCUGGGAUUUUUCAGAAACUUCAGUUAACACAGUUGAAAAAUCCAGAGAAACUAAAGCACAGGAGCCUAAUUUUAAAAGUCAAGUUUUCCUUGGUGGUGAAAACAUUCAAGAACAGCAAAUCACUACGAGUUUGAAAGCAGAAAAAGCAUGUGAAUUAGAUGAGAACACUUCCAUUCAGAGAUCAAAUGAAACAAUCCCUGUUUCUACAGAUAUGACAGCACUUGAAACAAAGUCAGAUGAUUUAAGAGAGCAGGAGCAUGAUGUGCCCUACUUCAGAAGCAUUCUUCAGUCUGAGACUGAGAGGCUGAUGUCUCUCUGCCUCCAGUGGGAUGGAAAAUUGGAGCUGGACAUUCCAGAUGAUGCUAAAGAUUUCAUUCGCACAACAGUUGGUCAGACAAGACUGCUCGUAGCAGAAAGAUUUAAACAGUUUGAAGGACUGGUGGAUAAUUGUGAAUUUAAACGGGGUGAAAAAGAAACAACGUGUACAGACUUGGAUGGAUUUUGGGAUAUGGUUAAUUUUCAGAUUGAAGAUGUGAAUAAAAAGUUUGAUAAUCUGAAGAAGCUUCAAGAUAAUGAGUGGCAACUACUUGAUAUCCCAAGCAAAGGAAUUAUCAAGAAAAAGACUGUUCCAAAUGGGAUGCCCAAACCAAAGUUGGGAGCAGCUGGAAGAACUGCUGCCCGAAACAGACUUGCUGCUGUAAAAGCAGCUAUGAGGGAUAAAAUGAAGCAUGAAGGAGCUGCUGAUGGUACACACCAGGAGAAGCCACCAGAAGUAGAAAAAGUGAUUUUUGAAGGAGGUUUUUUUAGAGUUGAAAGCCCUGUGAAAUCCUUUCCAGGCUUGCUUUCAAAGACGCCUUGUAGAUCUUCCCAGCGGACUUCUCAAAAACUAUCAACUCCAAGAUCAUCCAACAGAGCUUUGCUUCUGCACAAUCCUUCUGCUCUGCCUAACUCUGAGGAUACAACUGCAAAACAAAUGACACCAGUACUCAAAGACUUCCGUGCAGCACAAAAUUUGAAAAUCCACCAAUUUCCCACUAAAAAACCUCUCCUGGGUGGCUUUCUUGAACAAAGCAUUUCCCUAGUUGCAGAAGAACACUGUCCUGUAGCUGGCACAGCAGAGAGAACUAGCAUUCUGGAAAAUUGUGACAGUGAAUUAAAAGUAAAGGAUGACACAGAGAUGGAAACUUCUGCUGCAGAACAAGGACAAGAUAUUGUCAUGUGCAGUCCGGAGAAGGCCAUCUGCACAGAGACUAGCUUGGCUCAGUCUGGAGGACCACAGAUACCAGACCCCAAAUCAGAUAUUUUGUGUAGCAAUUUGACGUGCGCAGGUAGAAAUCUUUUUGAUAUGCCAGUGAUGGAUAGUGAGCUUCCCUUCACUCCAAUCAAGAACAAAGCCCAGAAGUUUGCAGCAGCUGAAACAUUCAGUGACCUAAUUACAUUUUCUCCCCUUUCUCCAUCUACAGAAAAGUGAAGAAUGACUUGAAAUUAAAAAUGGAUAAACUCUAUUCAUGAAAAAAAUCUGGGGUGCAGUCUGCUACUCCUGAACUGUGUUCUAAGUGAAUAUAUGUAGUAUUUUAUAGUGGAACUUAUUAAAAUAUUUUGUAACAUUUUAUAGUGCAGACAUUAUGCACCAUGAUUACUGCUGUAUAGAAAGAGCAGUGUUUUUGCUGGUUAUACUGCUGUAUCCAAUGAUUGCAUACUCUGACUUCACCCUGAAAUAUGUUUUAUUUUUGUAAAGUUUCAUGUAAUUCUUGUGUACAUCAAGUUAUAAAUUUAUUCAUCUUUA